ACAUCUCACUCACCAACCACUGAAUCAACAUCUGAAUCAACAACACUAACAUCUACAUCUCAAUCAACAACACCUGCUCAAACAUCUACAUCUGAAUCAACAUCAACCACUGAACCAACAUCUACAUCAACUACAGAAACAUCUACAUCUGAAACAACAACAUCUACAUCUCACUCACCAACCACUGAAUCGACAUCUGAAUCAACACCAACAUCUACACCACAAAUAACAACACCUGCUCAAGCAUCUACAUCUGAAUCAACAUCAACCACUGAACCAACAUCUACAUCGACUACAGAAACAUCUACAUCUGAAUCAACAACAACAUCCACAUCUCACUCACCAACCACUGAAUCAACAUCUGAAACAACAACACCACCAUCUACACCUCAAUCAACAACACCUGCUCAAGCAUCUACAUCUGAAUCAACAUCAACCACUGAACCAACAUCUACAUCAACUACAGAAACAUCUACAUCUGAAACAACAUCUACAUCUCACUCACCAACCAUUGAAUCAACAUCUGAAUCAACAACAUUAACAUCUUCACCUCAAUCAACAACACCUGUUCAAGCAUCUACAUCUGAAUCAUCAACCACUGAACCAACAUCUACAUCAACUACAGAAACAUCUACAUCUGAAACAACAACAUCUACAUCUCACUCACCAACCACUGAAUCAACAUCUGAAUCAAUAACACUAACAUCUACACCUCAAUCAACAACACCUGUUCAAGCAUCUACAUCUGAAUCAACAACCACUGAACCAACAUCUACAUCGACUACAGAAACAUCUACAUCUGAAUCAACAACAUCUACACCUCCAUCAACAACACCUGCUCAAACAUCUACAUCUGAAUCAACAUCAACCACUGAACCAACAUCUACAUCAACUACAGAAACAUCUACAUCUGAAACAACAACAUCUACAUCUCACUCACCAACCACUGAAUCGACAUCUGAAUCAACAACAUCUACACCUCAAUCAACAACACCUGCUCAAACAUCUACAUCUGAAUCAAAAUCAAUCAAUGAAUGA